GACAGUUCGCUGCAACCUUUGCGGGUGAAACACACGCUCCACCUGUGCCGGCCAUGACGGUUUAACGAGCGUGCAUUCGCGUAUUAAAACGACGUAAAGAUUUCAUGUUCGAUACGCCGAUCAAAAACAUUGGACAGAAAUAAUAUUGUAGUGAAAAAAAAAACAGUGUUCCAUUUACGAAAAUAAAGCGCGCGUUUUUUGACGCUUUCGUUUCUUUAUUUUUAAUUUACAAACAUUUGCAGUGAAAAUGGGGUUGAAGCAUGAAGACGACAAACGGCCAAGCAAACUGGCCAUAAUGGAUGAGGAUGUUUCGGACACACCGCGUGGCAUGGGCACCCGUCACUUCGUGACAUUCAUGCUGUUUCUCGGUAUGGCGAACGCAUACGUCAUGAGAACCAAUAUGUCUGUCGCCAUUGUCGCUAUGGUGAAUCACACGGCGUUACCGGUGGUCAAAGAAGCCACGGACACUGAGUGCGGUGCCGUUUCUAAUCAAACUCACGCGGAUGCUUCACAAGACGGCUCUUUCGUGUGGAGUUCUACUCUGCAGGGCUACAUUCUCUCAUCUUUUUUCUACGGAUACGUCAUCACUCAAAUUCCCUUUGGGAUAUUAUCAAAAAGGUAUGGCGCCCGUUAUUUCUUGGGUGUGGGCAUGCUGGUAAACUCGGUGUUCGGUCUGCUGGUGCCGAUCGCCGCUGAAGCUGGAUUCGAAUGGCUCAUCCUAGUGCGAUUCAUACAAGGUCUUGGAGAGGGUCCCAUUGUGCCAUGCUCACACGCGAUGUUGGCUAAAUGGAUACCUCCUAAUGAGAGGAGUAGGAUGGGUGCUGCCGUUUAUGCCGGUGCCCAGUUCGGUACGGUGAUAUCUAUGCCACUGUCGGGUCUCCUCUCCGAGUAUGGGUUCUCUGGGGGGUGGCCGUCCAUCUUCUACGUUUUUGGUCUGAUCGGUACCGUGUGGUGUCUCGCCUUCCUGUUCCUGGUGUCCGAGGAUCCCGAGCAAUGCUCGAGGAUCUCGGAGCCGGAGAAAAAGUACAUCGUCAGCUCGCUGUGGGGCGCUGCUGGUUCUAGCUCACCACCGAUUCCAUGGAGUAAGAUUCUGCUGUCGAUGCCGUUCUGGGCUAUAAUGUUGGCGCACAUGGGACAGAACUAUGGCUACGAGACUCUGAUGACGGAGUUGCCAACUUUCAUGAGACAAGUGCUGCAUUUCUCCAUCAAGGAUAACGGCUUCGUGUCCGCACUGCCUUACCUGUGCAUGUGGCUGUUCUCGAUGUUCAUCUCAGUAGUGGCAGACUGGAUGCUGUCCAGCGGCCGACUCAAUCAUACACAAGUCAGGAAAAUCAUCAACAGCAUCGGUGAGUACGGUCCGGCCAUCGGCCUGGUCAUAGCGGCCAACACCGGCUGCAACCCCGCCGCCACCGUCGCCGUGCUCGCCAUUGGCGUCGGACUCAACGGCGGUAUCUACUCCGGAUUCAAGGUCAACCAUUUGGACUUGUCGCCUCGGUUCGCGGGCAUCCUGAUGGCCUUCACCAACUGUCUCGCCAACCUGACUGGACUACUCGCGCCCAUAGUCGCCGGUUACAUCAUCGAAGGGAGACCGACCCAAGCGCAGUGGAGGAUAGUGUUCUACAUAGCCGCCGGAGUAUACGUUUUCUGCGCGACAUUCUACAACAUAUUUGGUUCAGGCAAACGGCAGGACUGGGAUAAUCCUGCUGACGAUGAAGCCAAUGCGAAAAAGGCCGCCGACAAGAAGGCCAUCAAGGAAGAGAGGAAAGCAGCCAAGAAUCAGAACCAAGCAGAGACCGCGCAAUAACAGAGACCUUGAAAAGUUGUAAUAAUGCUCCAUAGACACAAAUUUUUAUGGCUCAAUGUCUGUGAUUCACAGCUAUAAAGUAAAAAAACAAAAUGAUGAAAUAAAAGGUGGGAAGUAACAAUUCCCGAGAUUUUUUUAAAAAUAUUUGUAUCUGUGGUAGCGUUCGACCCCAUAACAGUUAUUUCAUUUGUAAUAUGAAACUGUACAGUGUGCAUCUGAAUGUUUAUUGCAUGAAUUAUUGUCAUUCCAUAUAUAAAAUUUUCU